AUUCGGGCCGGGCUGGCGGAGGGGACGCGCUGCAGCCGCGAUGGUCUCCUGGAUGAUCUCUCGGGCCGUGGUGCUGGUGUUUGGGAUGCUGUAUCCUGCAUAUUACUCAUACAAAGCUGUGAAGACAAAAAAUGUGAAGGAAUAUGUCCGCUGGAUGAUGUAUUGGAUUGUGUUUGCUCUUUAUACAGUUACUGAAACAAUAACUGACCUAACAGUCUCUUGGUUUCCACUGUACUAUGAACUGAAGAUAGCUUUUGUUAUCUGGCUUCUUUCCCCAUAUACUAGAGGAGCAAGUUUAAUCUACAGAAAAUUUCUCCACCCACUUCUUUCUUCUAAAGAAAGGGAGAUUGAUGAGUACAUCGUACAGGCCAAAGAAAGAGGGUAUGAGACCAUGGUGAAUUUUGGAAGGCAAGGGUUGAAUUUGGCAGCAAGUGCUGCAGUGACAGCAGCUGUAAAGAGUCAAGGUGCCAUAACUGAGAAACUGAGAAGUUUCAGUAUGCAUGAUUUGACUGCUAUACAAGGAGAUGAGCCAGUGGGACAGAGACCAUAUCAGACACUACCAGAAUCAAAAAAGAAAACCAGAGCCUCUGCAAGUGAAUCUUCAGGUUACAAAUCUCCACUGGAAAAAAAUCCUGGAGAUGAUAGAACAGAUGAAGAGAUGGAGGGGACACAUUCAGAGGAUGAAAUGUUUGCUCAAAGAGGCCUUCGAAGAACUCAGAGCAUGAAAUCUGUGAAAAGUCUUAAAGGCCGUAAAGAGAUACGGUAUGGAUCAUUGAAAUACAGAGUAAAGAAGAGACCCGCUGUAUACUUCUAAGUGUAUUGCACAAUGCCUACAAGACAAACUGCUGUAUUAUAAUAACUUGAAUUCAGUGUGUCAACUGAUAAAGAUCUGCGUAUGAUUCAUAUAAUGACUAUAUGAAUAGAUAUGUUAGAACUUGGUUUUAUGAACCUGAAUGGUCAGAUAAAGUGUUACUCUGCUUUUCUGUAACUGCUUGUUGCUUAGACUUAAAUCUGGACAAGUUGUAAUAUGAAUUUCAUCACUUCUUAAGUGGGAGUUAAAUGAGUAACAGGAAACAGUCUUUUUCCAGAGGUACUGAACGGACAAAGAUAAUUACAACUCCAAAUGAAUUGACAGAAGUUGUAAGUAUUUGGAACUUGUGAAAAUGGAACCCAAAGUGUCCCCAAGUUUACGUAGAAAGAUAGACAUACUUGAAAUAUUUUUUUGAACUACAAUUCCUGAAAAGGCUUUUGUGUAAUUUAAAAAAUGUUAAUUUUAAAGGAUGGUUGAUGAUGGUAGGGAAGGGAGAGGAAAGACAAGGUAGAUAUGGUACAUCUUUAAGAUUAUAAUCUUUUUGCAUUGUAUUGCCAAGCUUAACAAACUUACAUCACACUAAUAGGUGCAAACUGAGGGUACAUUUAGCACUUUAUGCAAAACUGUAUAGUUUUGCACACUUACUGAUUUACAGCUGCACAUGUCAUUUUAAUGACUUCUUAGGUAGGUCAGACUUAUCUUUGAAUGCCAGCAAUUCUUGUAUUUCAUGAUCUUAUCUUAAUUUAUCCUGAUUGCUUAUGUACACUUAAGAUGCUGUAGAUAAUUGCUACUAACAUCAAUAUUACCAGGUGCCUUUCUAUAUAUUACAAGGCUGUGUGGUUUUAUAUCUGUGUGGGUGGGUUUUGUUUUGUUUGUCUUUCUUUCUCCUUUACUUAGAGAUAUGUUACAUGAUUUAGGUCAGUUUUUGGUUAAAACUGUGGUAAGUAAAACUAGCAGCAAUUCCAAUGAUAGACCUCAGGGAUCUGAUUGGCCCAUCAGCUGUGUAUUAGAAGUUGUGCUGACAUGAAGUCAUAUAUGAUAGAUAUUCAGGCCCUGGUUUGGUUUUACUUAGCAUUGCUUUAAGAAUGAAUAUAUGUAUAUAUUAGAACAUGUUUGUGUGUAUAUUUCAUAUAUAUGUGGAGUCUAAUAUUGGCUGUGUAGUACUUUUAUUACUAAAGUUAUUACUAAGGUAUUUACAUACAAAUAGCCCUUUCUAAAUGACUAGCUAAUUUAGACAGCCGUCAUAGAACCUAGAAUCCCACGGCAUAACCGUUUGCACAGAGAUAAAUUUUGGAAUGUCAUUCAAGGCAGACACUUGUCAAAAUGACUUUCUGAGGUCCCCUUUGGUUCUAUUUUCUGCAGUUCUGAGAAUUGAGCUUAGUUUUCUGUUUGACUACAUUUCUACUGUGGAUUCAGGAGAAAACACUUUUCAUAGAUAGCAUUUUAUUACUUGGCAUGGGGAAAGAUGGUGUUAACUGUUCUUGAAGAGAAAAUGAUGUGUGACCCUUCUUAUCCUUGGAUCUUGGACUACAGUCCUUAAGCCUUUUCCCAGGUAUGACAGUCAUCUGCAAGUCUACUGCAGUGUUUUUAAUCAUAGGCCUAAGGCUUGGGUCUGCCGCUGUUCUUGUUUAUAUUACAGCUAUAGCGGGUUCACUGUUGGUACACACUUAAUGGCCUGUUAAUAUAUACUGGCUUUUGAAGUAGUCUUCUGAGAACUUGGGCCAGGGUUUGAGUUAUAUGGCUAAAAAUGCAGCUGCUCUGUAUUGGCAUGUGUAACUCACUUGCUGUUGUAGGCAUCUGUAAGCCUAGUGCAAAUAUAACAAUGAUGAUGCAGUGCUUUUAGCAUUCCCAUCCUUUUGCGAGGGAAGAUUUUGGGAAGGGCUUUAACCAUGCUUACUUCAAGCAUCUACAAAGAACCUAAAUGCUUUAUCAAGAAGCUGCAAUGGUCCAUGUCUGAUUAAAGGCCAAAGCUUGUAUUACUUGACUUGAAGAUGCAGUUUCAUACCAGAAGACGGGAAGGCUGCACUCUGCAAAAUGAAUGUAGUGCAAAAAAUCCUGUCCUCUAGCCAAAACUGCAAUUUGUGUAAAACUGCAAGCUUUUAUAAAGAGCUGUUGUCUGUGGGGAAGGCAGUGAUGAGAUCAAGUGUCACUUGUGUCCCAGCAGUGUUCGUGCUUUUCAUCUGUUUCCCUGUAAGUAAGGGAGGGCUGUCUGUGUGUUAAGGUAUGUAAGACCUUACAGGAAACUGAGGCUUUUGUAUUGUAUCUCACUCUGCUCUGAAAAUUAGACUGACCUGGGCCUUGUGUGGUAUCCCUUAACCCUUACUGUCCAGCUGAGUGUUCUCCUUGGGCACAUGUCACCACAUCUUGCUUUAACUCAUCAUGUUUGUUUUAUUGGCAAGCAUGGCAGUGAAAUUGUCAUCUUCCUACAAAUCAGAAUCCUGCAUGAAUGAGCAGGGUAAGCCCUUCUUUCAGGAUUACAGUUCCUGUUACACGUUUGCGUAGAUCCUGUUUCAGGGCCUGGUUCUUCUCACAUUUCCAGGACUAGAGAUAAUUUGAAUAUUUUAGAGACUGCCACACUCAUGUUCAGUAAGUUGCUCUGUGUGUCACUUUGUACUUGAGGCUAUAACUUCUGGCAAACUUAGCUUGCUAAUUAAAUAGUGACAAAGGCUAAAUAAACUCUUUUUUUUCUUAACUAUGCAUGGAACCAGGAAAGCUGGCAGUCUUACUCAUAUCAUUGCUGUUUGCAUAUAAAUGUACAUGUGUUCUCUCAGAUACUAUUUUAGGUGAUAAAAUUUCCAGUGUUUUCCUGGUGGGUUUUUUUUGGUCGAAUACCCUACUGUAAAAUUCUCUUGAUGGCUUGAUUUUGUUCUUUGAACUCAUCCUGAAACUGGUUGACAAUAUUAUCUUAAGGUUUGGUUUUGUUUGUGUUUUCCCUUGUACAUUGUCAGCUGAUGCUUGGCAGGGCGCAAUGGCAUGAUUAGCUUUCAUCCUAAUGAUCCUGUAUUUCUCUCUGCUUGUUGAAUUUAGUUUAGUUUGGUUUUGAAAAAUUACACAAUCUUUUAAACUUUGUGUGUAAGGAAUUUUCAAACUUUUUUGCCUUAGCUGCAGAAGUCUAGCUCUUGCCAGUAAACUUCUUGGAAAAAUGUUAAACAAAAAGUCAAAAUUUAACUUCACAUGCUUUUUGGUUUUCAAGUGUAAGAUGUAGUUCAUGUCACAUUAUGUAAUCUUAUGAACAGAGCAUUUCCCGAGAAGUAACUGACUGCCACUAGGCAGGACUGUUAAUAUAGUGAAAGAAGAACUUAGAGGUCAGAGGUGCUUUAAAAGAGAAUGUGUAUUGCUUGUUAAACCAUAUGAAGGUUUUGAGCCUUUCUAAAAUACAUCUGAACUAGCUCAGAUUUCUUAGCAAGAGCCUACUGUACAUGGUAAAAUACACAUCUUGUGAUGAUGAUUAAAUCAAUGGCCUCAGUUGCAAGUGAGCUUUGGUCAGACUGAUUACAAGGUAAUUGCCAAUAUUAGCUACUUGAUGCUAAUUGCUUUGUUAUCUGAAAAUAACUGAAUAUUAUCCAUGAUACUUUUUUGCAAACUAAUUUUAAAAUGGACAGCAUAUAAUUUGGUUAAACAGACUGGUGGAGUAAAUGCUAGAUGCAUUUAACACACUGUUCAUGACAAAAGAUGUGCUUUAUUUUUGGUGUGGCUUUUGUUAAUGGGAAGUUGGUCUUUUAAAUAUUUUUCUACAAAAAUGUGUAUGUGCAAAGUUGAUACUUUAACAUUUUUCAAGAACUUAUAUUUUUAAAUGCUACAGACCAGAGACUGUCUACAUUAAAACUAAAGUUAGUAGCUUUACAAAAUGCAAUGUAAGCUUUAAUUUUUAUAUUGUAAUAAUAAUUUGCUGUCAACUUGUUUACAUAUUUGUAGGAGGGAAAGCUUCAUUAUGCAUUGACUUAUCUUGAUACUAUCCUUAAUAAAUGCUGCUUUGAGUAGGA